UCAGGGUCCAUGUUCACUUCAUCACAGCUCUCCUUCGCCAUUUUGCCGUCAAUGGGGAGGGGCGGGGCCACUUACUGCAGUCGUUACGUACACUGUAAACAGGAAGUAGCCCGUUAGGAAAGAAGAGCAGUUUCCUUAUAUUCCAACCAGAGAGUAAGUCAUGGGCAAAAGCUGCAAGGUGGUUGUUUGUGGCCAGGCCGCAGUGGGUAAAACGGCUGUACUGGAGCAACUAUUGUAUGCCAAUCAUGUUGCAGGUUCAGAGCCCAUGGAGACCCUGGAGGAUAUCUACAUUGGUUCAAUAGAAACUGAUCGUGGCACACGAGAGCAGGUGCGAUUCUAUGACACCCGUGGACUCAGGGAUGGGAUGGAGUUUCCUCGACAUUACUACACUUUUGCAGAUGGCUUUGUACUGGUCUACAGCAUUGACAGUAAAGAGUCCUUUAAGCGGAUGGAGGCCCUCAAGAAGGACAUUGACCGCCACAGAGACAAGAAAGAGGUGACCAUUGUUGUGCUGGGUAACAAGCUGGACAAGCAGGAUGAGAGGAGAGUGGACCCUAAUGUGGUUCAGAACUGGGCAAAAAAUGAAAAGGUGCGUCUAUGGGAGGUGUCGGUGGUUGAUCGGCGAACACUGAUUGAACCGUUCGUCUAUCUUGCCAGCAAAAUGACCCAGCCUCAGAGCAAGUCCACUUUCCCGCUCAGUCGCAAUAAGAACAAGGGCAGUGGUUCCACAGACAGCUGAGUUAUCAGACACUGCUACAUCAUGUUACGGAGAAGGAAACAAGGGAGAGGAAGAGGGUUAAAGGGAUUUUAGUUUGGCUAACUAUUUUGAUAUUAUGAAGGAUUAUUAAAUCAGGAGACUGGAGAUGACAAAAAGGCAGGGUGAUUGUAUAAAUAUUUAUAUUCAGCGAGCACUGUGGAUAUUUUGGUGAAACUGUUUUAUUAUAAAUUAGAGAAAAAUGCUGAUCUUUUAUCAGCUAGGAAUUUUAAGAAAGCAAAUUGCUUUUGUCUUUCAACCCUGAUUCAUGUUUCUGACCCACAGUAUUUAGUUCCUAAAGUACUGACAAUCAACAUCUCAUUUAUACUCUACCAGUCAAGCUCGGAGAAUCAUGGUGCCCACUGUAUAGAUACCGUAGGAUCUAGCACACAAGUUCACUGGCUACUACACAGAUUUAAUCAAAAAGGGCAGCAGUUGCUCACCGUGUUGUCUAAUUAUGGCAUCACACAAUUGCUGAAUUUCACAUGUUGUAAAAUUAAAGAUGACUGAUUAUUGAUACGGGAUUGAUGUACAGUAACUGUGCUGUUUGUUGAUCUGGAGAUUUGUUACACUAUAUUUGUUAUUUGCUGAAAUUCACUGUUGGAUGCAGUACAUUGAAUGUUUGACAUUCCUCACCACAUAUUGCCUUCUGUACAGGCUUUGGAACUGUAUAUACAUGAUAACAAUUAUUUGAAUGAAAGGUUUCUGCAGGCCCAGGUGCUAUUUUUUUUGUGCUUGUGACACAUGAAAGACAUAGGCAAUCUAUAAAGUAAAACGUCAAAGCAUAAACAACAUGACUCAUAUAAUCAAUUACAGUUACUACUGGUAUAUGGUUAUCUAAGAUGUAGAAUAAAACUCCUGUUAAUUUCUCAACCAUUGAGCUGUUUGUUUGGGGUGCAACGCGAGUGAAAGUAUGAGCAGCUUUUAUUGUUUGUAUUAUUUGAAAUAGGAAAAUUGUUAUUGUAGUAUUUCUUUCAUGUGUUUGUGCCUCAGGUCAUUAACACUAUGUAUCAAACAUGCAAUCUUUGUGUGAUUUUCAAGCUUUUAUGUGUUGAUAUCCAUAAAAAUGUGUUCAGAUUUGUUUGCACGAUUUUGUAAGCAAAAUAAAAUCUGUGCCGAACCAGAA